AUGGCUAGCCCCACAGUUCUCACCUUUGACGCUGAGGGACGUGCAGUUGACUUUGACGUGUGGGUUGACGACCUGCAGCUUUUUCUUCAGUGUGACUCUAGGGAUGGAGUAUCCCUAUUCGAUCAGGGGUCCGGUGCCUCUACUGCUCCUACUGCCACUGCUGACAGUACUGUUCGCUCGCAGUGGACCACUCGUGAUGCUGUUGCUCGUCUUGCUGUUCGUAGUCACCUGCCGCCAGCUGAGCGUGCGCAUUUUGGCCAGUACAAGACUGCUCAGUCUUUGUACGACGCUGUAGUUGCGCGCUACUCCUCCCCUGCCACUGCUGCCCUCAGCCGCCUCAUGCUGCCGUACCUUUUCCCUGACCUUGCUGCCUUUGCCACAGUCGCUGACCUAGUUGCUCACCUUCGCACUAGUGACGCCCGCUACCGCGCUGCCCUUCCCACUGAGUUCUGUGCCAAGAACCCCCCCCCCAUGUACAUCACCCUUUACUACCUAGUCACCCGCCUCCCUGACUCCCUCUCUUCAGUCAGGGACCACUUUCUCUCCCUUUGCCCCACCGAGCUGACUGUCGACCUGCUAGAGGAGCGCCUUACUGCAGCUGAGAAGAGUAUCUUAGCUGUAGGUGCUUCUCGCAGCGACCGUCGCACCCCUUUCUUUGAGGGGUGUUCCCCUGUCCCCCUUCUCCCCUCUGUUGCUUCUGCUGCUGCUGUCGACCUCGUUGGCACUGCGGAGGUCGGAGCUGCAUCUGCCCCUACUGGGAGACGCCGCACCAGCAGGGGCAAGGGGAGCAAGGGUGGUGGCGGGGGCGGCGGGGGAAACAGUGGAGGAGGUGGAGGAGGCGGAGGUAGUGGCGUCGGUGGAGGUGGUGGCGGUAGUGGCGGAGGUGGUGGAGGCAGCGGCGGCGGUGGUGGAGGCAGCGGAGGCGGUGGUGGAGGUGGAGGUGGCGGUGGUGCUGGUCGAGGUGCAGCCGCGCAGCGUGGAGGCUUUGGUGGCAGCCAGCGCCAGCAGCAGCUGCGCUCCCGUGAGACCCCGUCGGUCCAGCAGCUUCGUGAGUGGUACGCUGGGCGUGGGAGGUCUGGGGCUGCAGGUCCCUGCACUUACGUUUUUCGCUCCGGCAGUCGUAGUGGGGAGGUGUGUGGGCUCCCACACACUACGCAGCGCUGCUUCGGUCGCUUGACUGACGCUUGGCGUGCCCAGUUUCCUGACGCCGUUGAGCUCCCUCGCUGGCAUGAUCUGCUUCUGCAGAAUGUGCCUAUCUUUGAUCUUGAUUUUGAUGCUAUCCUUGCUGCCAUGUAUGCUCUUGCUGAUAGUGCUGAGGGUGACUAUUACCUGAGUGUCCCGCCCGACCCGGGCAUUGCGGCUGCUGCUCUAGGUGCUAGUGCGUCUGCUGCUCCAGGUGCUGGUGCGUCAGCUGCUCCAGGUGCUGGUGCGUUUGCUCUCUCUGGUACUGCACCUACUGAGUCCUUGCACACUUUUACACUUGACUCUGGUGCUUCGCGCUCUUUCUUUAGAGACAGCACCACGCUCACGCCGCUCAGUUGGCCUGUUGCGGUCUCCCUUGCUGACCCCUCCGGGGGCCCAGUCCUUGCACACUCCUCCACGGUUCUACGGUGUCCUGCGGCCCCGUCGGGCUUGCUGUCAGGACUCCACCUCCCCUCGUUCUCUACGAACUUGGUGAGUGGAGCUGACCUCCAGGACGUGUGGGUUGACCAGUUCACUCCUGGAGGUCUAGUCCUGCGUCUGCCCCCUGCUCGUGUCGUCCUCUGUCGCACGAGACUCUCCUUUGGCACCACCGCCUUGGUCACCCCUCCCUGCCUCGUCUUCGAGGGCAGGCAGCGCGCCGCCCCUCACUCCUCCUCGUUCCCUCCGACUGAGGCUCCUCUGCAGACUCUUCACAUGGACGUGUGGGGCCCAGCCCGCGUCCGUGGACAGGGUCACGAGCGUUACUUCCUGCUGGUCGUUGACGACUACUCGCGUUACACCACAGUCUUCCCCUUGCGCAGCAAGGGUGAGGUCCCUGAGGCGUUCAUGCUUUCGGCCUCCCCGCAGCAAAAUGGGAUUGCUGAGCACCGCAUUGGCAUGGUCAUGGACGUCGCUCGUACGUCCAUGAUCCAUGCGGCUGCUCCCCAUUUUCUGUGGCCGUUCGCGGUUCAGUACGCUGCACAUCAGAUCAACCUUCAGCCUCGUGUCUCCUUGCCGGAGACUACACCUACUCUGCGGUGGACGGGGAAGGUUGGCGAUGCGUCCGCGUUCCGUGUCUGGGGAUCUCGAGCUUUUGUCCGCGAUACUACAGCGGACAAGCUGUCCUCCCGUGCCGUUCCCUGUGUCUUCCUUGGCUUCCCGCCUGACGCACCCGGGUGGCAGUUCUACCACCCCACCUCGCGUCGUGUUCUGUCCUCUCAGGACGUCACGUUUGACGAGUCGGUGUCGUACUACCGUGUAUCCCAGGUCGACCCUGCCGAGCCGAUCGAGGUAGCUGUCGACUCAGGUGCUGCUAGGGGUGCUGAGCCUGCGGGUGCAGGGACUGGGGGUGCUGAGACUGGGGGUGCUGAGUCUGGGGGUUCUGAGUCUGGGCGUGCUGAGCCUGGGGGUGUGGAGCCUGAGGUUGCUGCUGGUACUGGAGGUGCUGCUGGUGCUGGAGGUGCUGGUGCUACUGGAGCUACUGGAGGUGCUGCUGCUGCUGGAGCUGCUGGAGGUGCUGCUGGUGCUGGAGGUGCUGCUGGAGCUACUGGAGGUGCUGCUGGUGCUGGAGGUGCUGGUGCUACUGGAGCUACUGGAGGUGCUGCUGCUGCUGGAGCUGCUGGAGGUGCUGCUGGUGCUGGAGGUGCUGCUGGAGCUACUGGAGGUGCUGGCGCUGCUGGAGGUGCUUCUGGUGCUGGAGCUGCUGGAGGUGCUGCUGGUGCUGGAGCUGCUGGAGCUGGUGGAGCUGCUGGAGGUGCUGCUGGGACUGGAGACCCUGGGGCUGAGGCGUGUCCCUCUGCCGUCUCCUCCUGCGUCCUCUCUUCCUGA